GCAGGCCCCGCCUCCUCGCUGGGCCCCGCCUCGCCGCCACCACGGGAUCCGGGCCCCGGGCACCCCGCCCUCGUCCUCUCGUGGAGCCGGAGGCGACCGUAGCAUGGAGGGGGAGAGUACGUCGGCAGUGCUCUCGGGCUUUGUGCUCGGCGCACUCGCCUUCCAGCACCUCAACACGGACUCGGACACGGAAGGUUUUCUUCUUGGGGAAGUAAAAGGUGAAGCCAAGAAUAGCAUUACCGAUUCCCAAAUGGAUGAUGUUGAAGUUGUUUAUACAAUUGACAUUCAGAAAUAUAUUCCAUGCUAUCAGCUUUUUAGCUUUUAUAAUUCUUCAGGUGAAGUAAACGAGCAAGCACUGAAGAAAAUAUUAUCAAAUGUCAAAAAGAAUGUGGUAGGUUGGUACAAAUUCCGUCGUCACUCAGAUCAGAUCAUGACGUUUAGAGAGAGGCUGCUUCACAAAAACUUGCAGGAGCAUUUUUCAAACCAAGACCUUGUUUUUCUGCUAUUAACACCAAGUAUAAUAACAGAAAGCUGCUCUACUCAUCGACUGGAACAUUCCUUAUAUAAACCUCAAAAAGGACUUUUUCACAGGGUACCUUUAGUGGUUGCCAAUCUGGGCAUGUCUGAACAACUAGGUUAUAAAACUGUAUCAGGUUCCUGUAUGUCCACUGGUUUUAGCCGAGCAGUACAAACACACAGCUCUAAAUUUUUUGAAGAAGAUGGAUCCUUAAAGGAGGUACAUAAGAUAAAUGAAAUGUAUGCUUCUUUACAAGAGGAAUUAAAGAGUAUAUGCAAAAAGGUAGAAGACAGUGAACAAGCAGUAGAUAAACUAGUAAAGGAUGUAAACAGAUUAAAACGAGAAAUUGAGAAAAGGAAACGAGCACAGAUUCAGGCAGCACGAGAGAAGAACAUCCAAAAAGACCCUCAGGAGAAUAUUUUUCUUUGCCAAGCAUUACGGACCUUUUUUCCAAAUUCUGAAUUUCUUCAUUCAUGUGUUAUGUCUUUAAAAAGUAGACAUGUUUCUAAAAGUAGCUGUAACAUCAACCACCACCUCGACAUAGUAGACAAUCUGACCUUAAUGGUAGAACACACUGACAUUCCUGAAGCUAGUUCAGCUAGUACACCACAAAUCAUUAAGCAUAAAGCCUUAGACUUAGAUGACAGAUGGCAAUUUAAGAGGUCACGGUUGUUAGAUACACAAGAUAAACGAUCUAAAGCAGAUACUGAUAGUAGUAACCAAGAUAAAGCGUCCAAAAUGAGCAGCCCAGAAACGGAUGAAGAAAUUGAGAAGAUGAAGGGUUUUGGUGAAUAUUCACAGUCUCCUACAUUUUGAUCCUUUUAACCUUAAAAGGAGAUUUUUUUUAUUUGGCUGAUGGGUAAAGCCAAACAUUUCUAUUGUUUUUACUAUGUUGAGCUACUUGCAGUAAGUUCAUUUGUUUUUACUGUGUUCACCUGUUUGCAGUAGUACACAGAUAAGUCUUAGUGCAUUUAUUUCACAAAGUGCUUUUUCAAACAUGAGAUGCUUUUAUUUCCAAACCUUUUUUUUCACCUUUCACUAAGUUGUUGAGGGGAAGGCUUACACAGAAACAUUAUUUAGAAUUGGAAAAGUGAGACCAGGCACAGUGGCUCACACCUGUAAUCCCAGCACUUAGGGAAGACAAGGCAGGAGGAUUGAGGCCAGGAGUUAGAGACCAGCCUGGGCAACGUAUUGAGACCCAUCUCUAUUAAAAAAGAAAAAAUUGGAAAAUCAAGAAUAGCCUUAUUUUCACAAUAUGGAAGGAAAUUUAUAUGAAAA